AUGGCUGAGAUUGCGUUUAUGUCGGUUGAUCCAGAUCAUGAAACCUCUGUUCAUGAUGAUACAGAGAACUGUGAGGAGUCCGAUGAAGUUCAUCUCCAUGUUCCUAAAAUGCAGGAGAUUGAGGAUCAUAUUAACAGCUGUAAAGAAAAGGUCGAACCAGGAACAGAGGUACUGGAGAUUUGUGGCGAUACCGUCAAUCCACAUAAGAAAGUUAAUGCCGAAGAUUUCAAAGUUCUAAAGGUCAUUGGCAAAGGCGGUUAUGGAACUGUGUUUCUUGUUCAAAAAAUAACCAAAAGUCUCGAUAAAGACAAAUUCUAUGCAAUGAAAGUUUUAAAGAAAGCAAAGCUUAUCCGUAAUGAAAAGAACACUGUACAUACCGUUUCUGAACGGAAUAUUCUGCAAAUGCUUAAGCACCCCUUCCUCGUGAGACUUCAUUAUGCUUUUCAAAACCGUUCCAAUCUCUAUAUUGUACUGGAGUACUGUCCAGGCGGCGAAUUGUUCAGAUACUUAGAGGAAGAAUGCUUUCUCAUGGAAGAUGCUGCGUGUUUCUAUAUAGCUGAAAUCGCUCUCGCCAUAGGUCAUCUCCACUCACUUGGCAUUAUUUACCGCGACCUCAAGCCCGAAAACAUUCUUCUAGAUAAAGAUGGUCAUGUCAAACUGACGGAUUUCGGUCUAUCUAAAGAGGGUGUUAGGACGACAAAUACGUUUUGCGGCACAAUCGAAUAUAUGGCCCCUGAAAUAAUCCGAUGCGCAGGACACGGGAGGGCAGUUGACUGGUGGAGUCUUGGGGCACUCUUAUUUGACAUGCUCUCUGGUGGUAUUCUUAAGAGUCAGGUCCGUUUCCCACCUUCUUUCUCGACCGAGGCCAUUGCCCUUAUUCGCGGUCUGCUUAAAAAAGAUCCAAAAGAAAGGCUCGGAAACAAAAAUGACGUAGAAGAAAUUAAGGAGCAAUUUUUUUUCGUCCGGCGUGGUAUCAACUGGGAUGAUGUUUACAAUCGAAGGAUGGAGCCUCCUUAUAAGCCGGAGCUUUCUUCCGAUUCUGAUGUUUCAAUGUUUGAUCCUAGUUUCACCGGAAUGAAACCAGUCGUUAGCCCAGGAAAUUCCGAUGACCCUGUACCUGCUGACCUAUUCCAAGGGUUCUCCUUCGUUGCCUCAAGUGUGAUGGAGCCCCCUCGUGCUCUCGUUCCCGACCUCUCUCGCCUUCGAUCAGGUCAAAGAAAUCGGACAAACCGGGGACCAGGGGCAUCUCCACAGAAGGCUAAUCUGGAGAACGAGCAAAUGGACACGGAUGCCCCACCGCCAACACACAUAUGCGGAAUAGAUAUGCGUGAUUUUGCCACUCCUCCACGUCCCAUGCAACCGCUCGGUGGAUGCAGCAACUACGACGGAUUGUCGCGCGUCUGUGAGAAUGAUGACGAGGACGACAUUCCCGGUGCGAAGGCAAUUUGUGCCAACGGGGGUGGCAGUGGAGGCAUUUCGCGCGCCUCCCACACCCAAGGGCACGCACACAUGCCAUCUGCUGCUAAAUCUACCGCACGCCCGAAGUCCUCCGCUGCUGUUGCUGCUGCCACUCAUUCGACGACAGCCACGGGUAAACCCUCUUCCUCCACCAACCUGAACGGUCCGCGCCGGCUGGCUAGCACGAAGCCUUGCUCCUAUCCCAACCUCCUAAUCACUCGCAGCGAUGAAACGACCGCCUCAAAUGGACAUCCUUCCUUCGGUGAUCUCUCCAAUGUGGUGUCAUCUCCAACUGCCACGGUUCAAUUCACUCGAAACCGCAUCAUCAUCACCAUCAUCAUCUGCACCGUCAGGUGUCGUCAGGAAGCAGCGGGAAGGACUCCAAAUGCUCUGUAA